AUGCCGACAUCAACACAAGCUCUAGCAACGACGGUGACGGCGACGACGCUUAGUGAUUCAAGUGAAGCGAAUGAUUCGGCGUCUGACGAGUGGAUCUCAAACGACAAAGACCUUGAUCAAGAUGCUACAAUAUGGCGGUUUUGGAGACCGUUCAGGAAAUUAGGUGAAUCAAUUUUAAAUAAAAAGUUUGCACGUUCCCCUACCUUGAAGGAGAGUGGACACCGUGGACUACGCUAUCAUCAAGACAAACCCAAUCGCAAAUUAAAAAAUAAAAUAAAAUUCCUUUUUAAAAUAAAACAGUUUGAAAUAGGUUCCAUCCGAAAGGAUUUGAUUGCAAUGAUGUUCGACGCCAUGUUGGAAAGCAUUGUAGAGUCGUGGGAAACCAUUGCUAUGAAGGGAGAGCAUAGCUCUCGUUUGGAUUUGGGCACUAAGACAGCUAGUGAAACAACCGUGACGGGUGGAAAAAAGAAAAAACCUACAACAAAAGCAUCUAGAAGUAAACGAAGCAGGUCGAAAUUAGAAUUCGAGCCACAUAUUGACUGCAUUAAAACGAUCUGGUGGUCGGGAAUGGAUGAAAAGGCAGUUGUUCGAUUUAAAAACGGCAAUUUGUACGAAGGAGACUUGUCAUCUAAAAGUAUGCAUGGAGAAGGUCGAUUUGUUUGGGCUGACGGAACUGUUUACUUGGGCCAAUUUAAAGAUAAUAAAAUAAAUGGGAAUGGUACACUUCAGUGGAAAGAUGACACGUGGUAUCAAGGUGAGUUUGCCGAUAACCUACGGCAUGGCAAAGGUCUGUAUGUGGAUUCGCGCACCCAGCGCUCCUACAUGGGCAGCUGGCACUUCGGAACUAAACAUGGAGAUGGAGCCAUUUACUAUUCUAAUAAUUUUAAGAACUCAUAUGAUGGUAAUUGGAUACAUAAUGAACGAUUCGGAUAUGGUUCCCGAGAGUACGAUGAAUCAAGUGGAUAUAAAGGACAUUGGGACAGAAAUAUUAGGCAAGGAAAAGGAUUGAUGAUAUGGCCAAAUCAUGAUUUUUACCGUGGUGACUGGCAAAAUGGAAUUAUGUCCGGUUACGGGAUUUAUAUAUGGGAAGCUUGUUAUAAUAACACAAUGGCAGUGCCAUCUAUGAAUGCAUUUUGUGGUACAUGGGAGAAAGGUCAACGCCAUGGCUAUGGUAUUCUCCACUUAGGAUUGGGCUUAGGCUCGCAUUACAAAGGCGAGUUUAAAAAAAAUAAGAAGCAUGGUGUAGGCAAGUUUGUCACGAACAAUGGAUUAAUUCUCCAAGAUAAAAACCUUUUCGUUGAUGACAAUAUAACACCAGCGGUUGGGGCUGAAACAAGAUAUAUGCAGGAUGCCAGGAGAUCUCUUUCAAUCUAUCCUUUUGGCCACGAACCACAUUCAUUUGAUAUAUGCGACAAUAACGUUGGACUCAAUUACCAUGUCGACGAAGCGUUUAAAAAUUUAGAUAAACGCGAUGAAAUAAGAAAUAGUAUAAUCGUGGAGUACAUGGAAAAUAAUAAAAUUUUAGAUAGAGAACUUUCAGAAAUUCUUGGAAAUCAGGAAACUGCUUCAGAACAAGCAAUGAGAAAAGAAAAAAUUGACACGUUGAUUGAGUUUGAGGAAACAUCGCUGCGAAAUUGUUUAAAAUGCUACGAGACUGAAUUGUUGAACAUUUACUACAAAUAUGCUACCAUUUGCAAUACUGAAGAAAUAGGCUUUACACCUGUGUUAAUUCGCUUGUAUUUAUGGCAAUUAUAUUAUGACUGCAAUGUCCACGAGCGAGGCUUAACACUCGUUGAAAUUGAUAGGAUUUAUCACCAGAAUCCUGAAUGGCUUGCAAGGUCUGCCCAUAACCCAUUUGAAAAGGUUUAUUAUUGGCAAUUUUUACAUAGUCUAAUUUCAGUUGCUAGAAGGUUAUAUCCAAAAAGAAAAUUGCCUGGUGGUAAGCCCGAUACAAUGAUAGCAAGCGCGUUCAGAAAUUUUAUGGAUAUGGAUGUUAUUCCGGGAACUAGUCGCCAGAAAGAUGAUAAUGAGCUUCCUGAUCUUUAUGGAUUACCGGAAAAUGUUGAGAACUUAAAACUGUUCAACUUUGGUAACUUAUCAAGCAAGACCAUUAUAAAAAUAUUUGCUAAAAUAUUUCCGCAAUUAUAUGAACAAAAUAAAAUAAUGAAUCUAGACAUAGAACUUUCGUUCUUCGAAUUUUUUGAAGCAUUCGUUUCGUGUGCUGAAGAGAGCAUUCGUGUGGCAGAUGAAGAACGUAAAUACAAGGAAAUGUCUAUGCAUAAUGAAAAUUUAGUACCGCCGGGUACACCAGCAGGAUACGGUGCAAAGUUCAAGUAA